AUGGAGUGCCCAGCAGCGGCAAUAGCAGCAGCCGCUGCAGCGGCGGCAGCAGCAGCAGCAAAUCGCCCGUCCUUUGCUAAGACAGAGCCGUCUCCUUAUGUCUUUAAGACUCGGAGCCUCGACCAGGCUUCCAUAUGGAACAGCAGCAGCAGCAUCAGCAGCAGGGCCAGCAGAACGGCAGCAGCUGACGCUGAAGCAGCAGCGGCAGAUGGAACUACGGGUGCAGCGCGAGUAGCUGCAACUGCUACUGCAGCGGAGAGCAGCAGCAGCAGUAGCAGCAGCAGCAAGAGUAGAAUCCGAGCCGCAACAGCAGCAGCAGCAAACAGAAGGCGGCAGCGGCAGCUGCUGCUGGAGGGAGGCUGCAGCAACUGGGUUGACAGCAUGCAUGCGGAGUUUUUCUUCUUGUCAUAUCCUCUUGAUGCCCAACUUUCCCUUCAGCUGCCUCCAGAUUGUUUGUCAAUCGUCGGAUCGGUGCUGCCUAUGCUGCUACCCACCGUGAGCUGCCUCUCUGUGGCUGGAAGCACAACUGCAACAGCAACAACAACAGCAGCAACGCCGCGGUGGAGGUGGUUGCAGCAGCAGCACCUGCCGAUUCAUCUGCUGCAGAGCAACACUGGCGUUCCUCCAGGGACCUCCCUGUUCAGCAGCAGCAGCACAGACGUUCUGUGGAUGUCGGAGCGCAGUUGGCUGCUGGAGCAGCAGCCGAACAGCAAUAGUAACAGCAUUCUUUUGGGGCAGUUCGUGCGGGGAUCGUUGCAGCAGCAGCAGCAGCUGUUGUUGCUACUGCAACAGCAGCAGAAGGUAAAGGAAUUACCCCCAGAAGUAGAGGAAAGCAUGGAGAUGUUGCUGCUGCUGCCGUCCUAUCUGCAAUUGCUGGAGCAGCAGCCGAACAGCAAUAGUAACAGCAUUCUUUUGGGCCAGUUCGUGCGUGGAUCGUUGCAGCAGCAGCAGCAGCUGUUGUUGCUACUGCAACAGCAGCAGAAGUUAAAGGAAUUACCCCCAGAAGUAGAGGAAAGCAUGGAGAUGUUGCUGCUGCUGCCGUCCUAUCUGCAACGGCAGGUACCGCUGCUGCUGUUACAGCUUGCUGCCAGCCUGCGAGCACUUCAGCAGCAGGCAUCUGCUGUGGAGGCUGAGUUGCUGCUGCGCCAGCAGCAGCACAUCCAAUCGCAGCAGCAACCGGGCAGCAGCAGCAGCAGCAGCAGUAGCAGCAGUUGGCUGUGGGGAACGAAGAGGGGCAGAGGUUGCGGCAGCAGUAGCUGCUGCUGCAGCUACUGUUAUUUGGACGACUGUCCUGUGGGGGUUGAGGAGGUCGAUAGCGACGCACAAGACGAUGAAACAGGAGCAGCAACGCCAACAGCGACAGCAGCGGCUGUUGCUGAAGAGGCUGGAGACGACCUGGUUAAUGGGGUGGCCGGCAGCACAGGAGAUGUAGCAGCUGCUGCUGCUGAUAAUCAGGAGGAGCAAGAUGGCGGCAGCAAAGUUGAGGCAGCCGCUAAGGAAGCAGCAGCAGCAGCAGCAACAGCCGCAGCAGAAACAACAACGAUAGCAGCAGCAACAACAGGAGCAACACCAAGAGCAGAAGCAAAUCAAGGAACCGACGUCGAUGAGGAAUGGGAGCUUGAUAACGCCUUAGAAGACGCUCUAGAGAGCGUUGUGGCGGAUGCAGCUGCUGCUGAAGCUGCAGCAGCAGCAGCAACAGCAGCAGCGACAACAGCAGCAGCGACAACAACAACAGCAAAUGAUGGCGAGGACUAUGGGUUGUUUGCACCGCCUAGUACAUCCGAGACCCCCUCCGCCUCUGCAGCAGGGACAGCAGCAGCAGCAGCAACGCCCAGAACGCCUGCUGCUGCAUCGGAUGCCCCAUCGCUGCAACGUGACGGCUACAGCCAAGCGGGGCGCCGUUCAGCAGUGCAGCAGCAGCAGCAACGACAUCCAUCAGUGCAACACACGACAGGAGAUUUGGACCAAGAGUUUGAAUUCGACGAUGUAGACGUAGACGACCCCCACGCUGCUGCUGCUGCUGCUGAACGCCACCCACAGCAGCAGCAGCAGCAGCAGGAACUCCACGGGAUGCGGGCGCAUGCGCUGGGCGUUGCUGGAGAAGGAGUAACAACAUCAGCAUCAGGAGGGGUCUCGGGUGCUGCAGGGGUGCCUGGCGUGUCGUCUGGGGCAGCAGCAAUAGAGGCAGAAGCUGCUGCUGCUGCUGCUGCUGCUGCAACAGCAGAGAACGCAUUCGUACAAAGCAUGCUGUGGGGCGAGCUUCCGGGCAGCAGUAGCUUUGUGCUGGCUCAGGGAUUUGCUGCUCUCGCGUGGAAGGAGAGCGACGCAGCAGCAGUAGCAGCAGCAGCCGACGAGGCAGCAGCUGAUGAGGCAGAAGAACAUCAAGAGGCAGUGAGCGACCCACAACGGCAGCGCGAAAGAGCAGCAGCAGCAGCAGCUGCUGCUGCUGCUGCAGCAGCGGAAGAGGAGGCAGCAACACGCCGAGAUCUCCUGGCGGAGUUAGAGAGGAGCGCUAUCGCCGCUGCACAGCCGGGCAUGCAACAGCAGCAGCAGCUGGCUCUUAUGUCCGGGGAGCAGCAAGUGCUGCUUCACCGGCAGCAAGGGCUCCGGUUUUUGCAGCUGCUGCUGGCGACGCCGCCUGUGGAUAGUCUUAGCCCCUUUGCAGAUUUCUUCGUCCCCAAUGCCGCUGCUACACAGCAGCCGCAGCAGCACCAGCUGCUGCAGUUGCCGCAACAGCAGCAGCACCAGCUGCUGCAGCUGCAAGGCGGGAUCGACUCGCGCAGGGGGAAUUUCGCCCUUCAGGAUGAGGCAAGCGAUAGCAGCAAUAGCAGCAGCAGCCGUCGCAGCAGCUGCCCAGGCUUGGUUUUUGAGUGGGGGAGCAUAUGGGCAGCAAGGCGACAGCAGCAGCGGCUGGUGCAGCGGCGGCAGCAGCUGCUGCGCUGCUUUUUCCUCGACCUAAAUGACAGCUCUGCUGCAAUGGCUGCGAGCAUGGAGCUGGGCGCUGAGGAGGGAGACGAUUUGGCAGGGACUUCUUUAGGUGGGGCCGCAGCAGGCGGCGGUGGGCUGAAGGCUGGAGGCGGCAGCUCUGGAGGUCUGGGGAGCGAAGCAGCAGCAGCAGCAGAAGCAACGUCGGGUCCCAGCAGGGCACAGUUACAGAAGAUGCGGAGGAGGGCGAAACAAGAAGUGCUGAAGAUCGACAAGCAAAGACGAAUUGAAUUGGUCAAACAGGGGAAGAGCGCGUAUGAACUCAGGGCCUUAGCUGCAGCAGAAGUCAUUUUUGCCGAUCUAUAG